GUUGAAGUUGAAGCGUCUCUACACAGAUUUGUCACAUGUUUGCGAAGUUGGCUGCUUUGAAGGAUGGCUGCCAUUUAUUCUGGCAUUCACCUGAAACUCAAGAGUCCUCAGACACCCUGGACAGAUAAACUGAAACUCGCCAGAUUCGCUUGGAUCUCCCCACAGUGUGUCCUUCCAAAUAAGGAACAAGUUUUAUUCGACUGGACCAGCCAUGCUCUCACCCUCUUCCACAGCAAGAAGAUUGAUUUGUCUCAGGAGGUGGCGGAAGGCUUGUGGGUCUACUUUGAUGAUGUCAUCCACAGCAAAAAGCUUCAGAGUGUCCUGAGUCUGGGAAAAACUAUCAGCUUGAGAAUAACAACGGCUCAGGUCAUCAAUGACCGCAUUCUUGAUCACUGCUCGGGCGGCCAGCAUUCAUCGCCCUCGCUGGCCACCGUCCUCAGCGUUCUGAGCGGCAUCCUGUCCUCGCCGGUGCUCUCCGUCACCUACACCGCCAAGUACGAGCUGCUGGCCGAGCUCUUGGCCAGACUCAGCCGCCUAGCUUGCUCUCGCCUCAGCCAGCAGCAGCAGCAGCAGCAGCCCGGCGCGGAGGCCCUGUCCACCCGGGAGCUGGAGACCCUGCUGCUCACGCUGACCACGUACCUGAGCGUCCAGAGGCAGCAGACCAACACCAACCGCGUCUUCACCCAGGUCACGUCCCACCUGCUGCAGCCGCUGCUGGUGCUGAGGCACCUGCUGUCGUCCGGAGUGGCGUCGGCGCCGGAGGAGAGGGAGGACGGACAGCUGCGGCACAGGCAGCAGCAGCACGUCGCCAAGGAGAUCCGCGGCAAAGUGGACGCCGCGCUGCAGGCGGCGCUGUUUUCACCGGACAACUUGCAGUCGUACAAGGACGAGCUGCUGACGUCGCCGUUACCCGGUGAGGAUGCGGCAGCUCCAGGAGGCGGCAGGAAGGGACGCGGAGGAAAGGUCUUCGCUUCCCCCGUCGGCACAAUCGUGGAGAAGCUGUGCGUCCCCGGGUCCUGUGGCUGUGAGCCAGCGGUGUUGUACGUGGUGGUCUCCGCCUCGCUCCCCCUGCUCUUCAGGUUUGCGCUGGACGCCUUCUGCAAAGGGGGCCAGAACAAGCUGCUCUGUUUUCACCUCAUGACCAAGUUUGCACGCGCUCUGGACUUUACCGAAGACGUGACGCCCGGCGACUCAUUCAAAGCGGAGAACUGGAGCCUCGCUCUGCUCGCCCUGGAGAACUUGCUCGGCGGCUGCGCGAACGCGGACGUUUACAACGUGGCCGCCGACCGCAUUCAGCACGGAGACGUGCAGCUCAAGUUUUACCGCCAGCUGGCCCAGCUGCUGUUUGCCCACGCUCAGACGGCCUCGCCCGCGUGGCACCGCUGCCUGAGAACCCUCCUGGCACUCAACCACAUGAUCCUGGAGCCCGACCUGGACCAGCUGAUCGCGUCCGUGUGGGUGGAUUACGGCCACACAGAGCCCAGGGUCCAAAAGGCACGGGACGCGCUGGUCUCCUCCACCCUCACCACCUACGCCAAGCUGCGGCAGCUGCCCAGGCUCUUCGAGGAGCUGCUGGGUGUGGUGGUUUGCCGUCCGGCGGCCGCCACAGACGAGAAACCGAGGCAGCCGCUGCUGUCCAAGCACGUGGGUGAUACCCUCGCCAUCUGCGUACAGGAAGCCCCGUUCAGCCAGAGCUUAGCGCUCUGUGAGCUCAUCCUGCGUAGAAUACAGAGCGACUUGCUGCCAGACGCUCAAGAGCAGAAUGCGGAAGCCACUCGCAAGCUGCUCUCGCUUUCCGUGCUCUUGCAUUCCGUGCUCUUCAGCCUGAAGACUCUGGAUCACGCCACGCCCGUGCCAAACGUCAGGCAGAUGCAGACGUUUAUGCUGGAGAUGUUUACUGUGCUAAAGCCCGUGCUGGUGUGGGUUAACUCCCUUCCGCCGUCAUGCAGCAGCAGCAGCAGCGCUUGGUGUCAAGACGUCAGAGAGUCCAGCCUCCUCCUCACGUACACCUGGGUCGAGGUGGACAGUCUUUUCCAGAUGCAUUGCAGCAAGUACUCCCUGUCAGGAGACGAGCCUGAGCCCGAGGGCGAGGUCGAAGACAAAGGCAGCCAGCUCCUCUCCGAAGCGCUGGCGAAGGAUUGCGAUCCUGCUGCCCUGGUGAACUUCAACUCGACGGGACAGGUUUUGCUGAAGCUCCUGGCCCUUCAGAAGAUGAAGAAAAUCCUUCUGAUUAACGCCUCAUCAUCCUCAGAUGUCGGCAGCAUGGAAGUUCUCCGCAAAGCAGCCAAGUUUGUAGUGGGGAGGGGCCACACUUCGUCUACUAGCUUGCUCGGUCAAACGUGGGAUCUUCAGAUUAGCAGUAUAGACGUUGAUAGCUUCCCUGUCGCUCACUGGUAUGUGGUGGCCACCAACCUGCCCAUGAUUGCACCCUUCCUCACGGAAGAGGAUGUGACCCACCUAUCGGAGCUGCUCUUGACGUCAGUGCUGGGCAACGACGAUGAGCAGAAGGAGAGCAAGAGUGGGCUGACUGUCACGGCCAUUUCAAACCAGCUGUUGCACAGUGCACUCCUCGUCGAGUUGCCUUGUCUCUACUCUGCCGUUUUACAGAGCAUCAUACGUCGUCUCUCUCAGAUCUUAAACGCCCAAGGCGCAGGGAGCAUCUGCCCUUCUCUGUUGAAACCCGGAGACGAGUCAAGCGGUAAAGUGUGUGACAUGGAAACGGGGACGGACGAAGCAGCAUGCGACGGAGAUGUGGACGCGAGCACUGUGAAGAAGAUGGAAUCGGCCGUGCAGGAGAUCUUGACGACGGUCGUGUCGGGAUCUCUGGUAGACCUGCCUGCGGAACAGGUCACAGACAUCCUACGCUUGCUGAAGGUUGGCGGUUCGCUAAACGCGGACGCCAUGUCCUUGAAAGACUACUCGGAUCUCUUCCUGACGACGUUCAUGAUGGCGACGUGCACGCAGCCCUGCCGCGACGUUGAGGCUCCCGUCAGGACGGCCUUCCUUACCGACACCUACGGGCUCCUGACGUCUCUGCUGACGGGCAGCAACGCCCAGUACGCCCUGAAGAUCGCUCGCGGCAGUAAGCUUCUGGAGGGCUUCAUGACCUCUGUCUUCUCCUGGGCCGAGAAGGGCCUGUUUGCGAACCUCAGCCGCGCUGACUGGCACCUCGUCCUGCAGGCCGCGUGCCGUUUCCUCCAGCGCCUCCUGGAGCUGAUCGUCGAGCGUAAGAGCAGCAUGCGGCUCAACCUGGAGCAGUUUACCACGUUCCUCCUGGUCAAAAGCGAAGAGGUGACAAGUGCUGCGACUGUGACGGUGACUGUGACGGCCACCUCUUCUGCGUGCUCGGCCAGCUCUCCUCCCGCCCUCCAACUCCAGCUGCUGCUGGCGUCUCUCAGCACGGCGGCCGAUGUCAUGACCUCCAGCCUGGGCAGGAACACGCAGCUGGACGAGACGCUGGUGCAGCUGCUGGAGAAGAUCCUCUCGGUGACGGGGCCGGCCGUCAAGAUGAGCCUGACGAGCAGGCAGGUGGAGGACGAGGGGGCGCAGGCCUUCUCCGUCAACGUCGUCACUGGGAUGCUGCAGAGCGAGCUGGCCUGGAUCUCCCAGCAGGCUGCCAAGCAGCAGCAGGAGGUGGAGGAGGAGGAGGGUCAGAAGAUGGCCGAGGGGAUCCACACUCCGCAGCUGAGGCACGGGGAGCUGUACCAGAGCUGCGGGCAGCAGAUCCUGAGGGAGCUGUUCUCCGCGCCGUGCUCCAUGGAGCUGCUGCGCUCGGCUCUACACUUCCUGUUGGUGUACCACACGGCGAUGGUGCAGGUCAAGGACCUAGGCCUUGGAGAGCUGUUUGUGGACGUUUCGCACAACGUUCACAAAUUACUGUCAGCUGAUUGGCUAUCUCAGGCAGAGCUUCAGGAGCUGCUGAACCCAGUGAGCCACCUUAUUGGUCAGCUGGUGUCCGAGAGCACGCCAGAGCAGUUCCAUACCCUCCUACUGCUGCUGAGGGAGUGUCUGGAUGGGGCCUACAUCACACAAGGAAGGCACAGGGAGCUGUCGUCUGGAGUGACCAUCGCCAGGCUUGUGUCCACCUGUGAGCUUCCUGAAUCCUGUUCCAAGAUGUUCUGGCUCACAGCCCCUCAGAUUAUAUCAACUCUGGUGUCCAUUGUGAGGGAUUGUGGAAAGGACGCUUCACUGAUCACUUGCGUGGCCAUACCAGUUCUGCAGGCUCUGUCGGUCCUGCUUCGCCAGGGGGAGGGGCUGCUGUCCAACCCACAUCACGUCAUCCUUGGCCUGGAGGCCACGCAGUUCAUUCCUCUGGAUCACCUGCCCAUACAGAGCUACCAUGCGGCCUUCGAGGCCAUCCACGAGGUGCUCUUCGCCAUCAUCCAGUGCCAUUCCCAGGUAAUGCUGAGAAGCGCUCCAGCCUUUCUGAACAGUUUCUACCGACUGGUUGCAUCCAUCAUGGUGGAGGGCAAGCAGAGAGCCGACGUGGAUAAAGUUUUCUUGGAGAGGGACGGCAGGGAGCUUUUGAAAUGUGCCCAGCUGGUGGAGAGGAUGUACUCCCAUAUCGCGGCCACCGCAGAGGGCUUCACCAUCCUCUCGUCCUUCAUGGUGGCCCAAUACGUCACCCAGCUGCAAAAGGGGACCCUAAUGCCAGAGAUCAAGAGUCACCUGACCGAGGGCAUCUACAGCAUCCUGGACAUGUGCACGGAGAGCGACAUCAAGUUCCUGAAGACCACCCUGCCCCCGGGUCUGCGAGAGGUCUUCAGCGAGCUGUACGGCAGCUUCCAGCACUACCACAAAGCCCAGAGGCAGGGAGAGGACAAAUACACCGUCUGAUAAUGAUGCAUGAACACCAUCAUCGUUACGGAUGGAGCAGCAUAAACAGUAACCACACAGAACUGGAAGUGGACAGUUGUGUACAUUCAACCGUGUAAAUUCUUUUUUUUCUAAUAAAUAGAUACAUUCUAAAAAAAUGCAGUGCAGUGCAUUGUGUUUUUUUUAAUACAAUUGCACUUCAUUCAAUAGAAAACUAAUGGAGUGACGUACGUAAAUCAUGCUCUUUCUGCAAGGCCGACUGUGUUUGUCUGCCUGCUUGCCCGUUUGUCUGCCCGCACU